AUGACUGAAUUGUUGAUAUCACGAGGUGCUAAUAUUAAUUUUCAAGCCAAAAAUAAUAUAACACCACUGCAUGUGGCAUGUAAAUGGGGCAAUCAAGGUGUAGCUGAACGUUUAAUUACAGCUGGUGCGGAACUUGACUGUCGUACACGUGAUGGAUUAACUCCAUUACACUGUGCUGCUAGAUCUGGACAUGAUACAGUUGUCCAAUUGUUAUUAAGAGCUGGAGCAAAUAUCUCCUCUAAAACAAGAAGUGGUUUAAAUGCUUUACAUAUGGCAGCUCAAGGUGAUCAUGCGGAUACUGCAUGUUUACUGAUACAACACGGAGCACAACCCGACAAUCCAACAAUCGAUUAUUUAACUGCAUUGCAUGUUGCUGCACAUUGUGGUAAUGUACGUGUAGCGAAGUUAUUGCUUGAGCGUGGAUGUGACGUCAAUGCAAGAGCAUUGAAUGGAUUUACGCCGUUACACAUUGCAUGUCAAAAGAAUCGAAUUAAAAUCAUCGAACUUUUAUUGAAGUAUAAUUGUUCACUUCAAGCUACAACAGAGUCUGGUUUAACACCAUUACACGUUACUUGUUUCAUGGGUCAUUUAAAUAUUGCUGUUUUAUUGUUACAACAUGGUGCCAAUGCAAAUGCACAAACUGUACGCUGUGAGACCAGCUUGCACUUGGCAGUACGUGCUGGACAAACUGAUGUCGCUCGUCUACUAUUACGUAAUGGUGCUCAAGUGGAUGUGAAAGCUAGGGGCAAUCAAACACCGCUUCAUUUAGCUUCACGUAUUGGUAAUUUAGAAUUAGUUACUUUAUUAUUGGAAUAUGCUGCUAAUGUACAAUCCUUAACGAAAGAUACUUAUACACCAUUACAUUUAGCUGCGAAAGCUAAUCAUAAGGAGAUAUGUGAAUUACUGUUAAAAAAUGGAGCAGAGUUAGAAAUAACAACAAAGUCUGGUUUCACCCCAUUACAUUUAGCUGUAAAAUAUUCACACUUAGAAACAGCUAAAUAUCUACUUUUAUCCGGCGCUGAUGUGAAUGCAGUUGGACGUAAUGGUUUAACACCGUUACAUUUAGCUACACAUUAUGGAUGUUUACCCAUGGUCGAAUUAUUACUUGAACACAAAGCAUCUCCGGUUUCACAAGCUAAAAAUGGUUUCAUUCCAUUGCAUAUUGCAGCGGAAAAACAUUUAGUGGAUAUCGGUAAAUUGUUGAUUGAAGCUACUAGCGAUAGUAAUCAUAAGAACAAGAAGAAUGUUAACGAGGAUGAUGGUGGUGGUUGUUGUUGUAUACAAUCACGUAACGGCUUUACCCCGUUGCAUUUAGCUUGUCAAGAUGGAAAUGAAAAAAUGACUAAAUUACUAAUUGUCUCUGGAUCUAAAGUAAAUACUUUAGCGAAAAAUGGCCUGACAGCAAUGCAUUUAGCAGCACAAGAGGAUAGUGUUAAAGCUGCAGAAUUAUUAUAUGCCGCUGGUUCUGAGCUCGAUUUGAAAACAAAGGCAGGAUAUACUCCUUUGCAUACAGCUUGUCAUUUUGGUCAAGUUAAUAUGGUUCGAUUUUUACUUGGCAAAGGUGCUGACGUGAAUGCUAUAACAUGUAUGGGAUCAAAUGCUCUACAUUUAGCUGCACAACAAGGCCAUUCAGCAGUUACUUACAUUUUAUUAGAGAGUGGAGCUAAUCCAAAUAUGCGUAAUAAGUAUGGUUGGACACCUGCACAUGUCGCUCGUCAUCGACAUUAUCUAAAUAUAUUUGAAACAUUACGUCUGGUAACCACGUGUGUUGAAACAUGGGAGCAUGAAAAUACUGAUGAAUUGCUAAUGAGUGCAGAAUUGACAUCAUCUAUAUCAUCUGGUCCCGAGCAUCAUAUAUCUUCUCUGAGCAGACAACAUAUCACUGCUAAUCGGCUUGGUCUUGAACAUCCAGAUGUGAUGAGAGAUAAUCCAAUUACAGAUACUGAAGAAGAAUAUAUUGAACCGGAUUUCACAAUUAUGCCAUCAUCUCCUCUAUUUUCACGUGCAAAAACUAGACAGACCGCUAGCCAAGAAACGUACACGUUACAACAACAAUAUGUCCAACAACAUCCACAGUUACAUUACAAAUCAGAUCAUAAACGUUUCGAUGAACAGCAACCUUAUGGAAAUCGUAGUGGUGGUUUAAAUCAUGCAAAAAUAGCACCAGAUAAAUUAUCAAAUGUAUCAGGUGAGGAUAGUAUACACGAAGGCACAACAACCGAAAAUGCUCAUGCACUUGAUUGGCGUGAUGGGCAUUUAAAUUAUGGAACUAGGGAGGCUGGAAUAUCUGAAACUCAUUUAAGUCGAGAUUAUGCUGAACUCGGUAUGGCAGGUGCUUCAAGUUUAGCAGGAUUUUCUGGACUAGCUGAAUGGGAAUUUACCCCAGACAAUGUACCGAUUCCUCGAAGACCGAUAGCUUCAGGCUUCCUUGUCUCGUUUUUGGUGGAUGCUCGUGGUGGAUCUAUGCGUGGUAGUCGUCAUCCAGGUCUACGAAUUUUAGUUCCACCAAAUGCAGCAAGUGCACCAACCCGCAUUACCUGUCGUAUGUUACGACCUGAACGUACAGCACGCCCCCCCCAAUUGAAUGAUUGUGAAGGAUUAGCUUGUCGUAUUAUUGAGUUAGGACCUCAUCCAUAUCGUUUCAAUUCACCAGUUCUGUUAGAAAUUCCACAUUUUGCGACAUUGCGCGGUCGUCAGCGUGAACUAGUUGUUUUACGUAGUGAUAAUGCUGAAACAUGGCGUGAACAUUCACUAGAAGCUACUGAUCAGGCAGUUCAAUCGGCUGUAGGCUUAAGUUUCGAUACGUUAGAGACGAUGGAAGAGCUACGUGAGAAACGUAUUAUUCGUAUAUUGACCAAUGAUUUUCCACAAUACAUGGCAGUUGUUAGUAGGAUACGUCAAGAAUCAUCUUUGGUUGGCUCAGAUGGCGGUGUUCUUAGUUCAACCGUUGUUCCACAAGUUCAGGCUGUAUUCCCUGAAGGUGCACUUCAGAAAAGAAUUCGUGUCAGCUUACAGGCUCAACCAAUUAAUCCGGAAUUAGUUACACGAUUAUUUGGUAAUCGUGUUACAGUAUCACCAAUUGUCACACUAGAACCACGUCGCCGUAAAUUUCAUAAACCAAUAACUUUAACUAUUCCAUUACCCAAAUCUAUUGUCCGUGGAAUGCUCAAUCCGUCAGUGAACGAUUUAAAAUCACAAAACGUACCAAGUUUACGAUUGUUAUGUAGUAUUACUGGUGGUACAGCACCGGCGCAAUGGGAAGAUAUUACUGGGUCUACACCAUUGUCAAAAGUGAAAGAUUGUGUCUCCUUCACAACAACAGUUUCAGCGAGAUUUUGGUUUAUGGAUUGUCCAGCUGUACAUGAAGCUGCAGAAUUUGGUAGUAUGCUGUAUGCUGAAGCCACAUUAGUUCCAUAUAUGGGUAAAUUUGUUGUAUUCACCAAACGUUUGGAUACAGAUGAAGCAUUGGUUAGAUGCUUCUGUGUAACAGAUGAUAAAGUAGAUAAGACUUUAGAAUGUCAAGAAGGUUUUGAAUUAUGCGCAGCUUCUCCAGAAGUUGAAAUAAUUGAAAAUCGACCAACUUGGAUUGAAACAGCCGGUAAUCUAUUACCAGUAUCGAAAUUGAGUGAACAGUUACGUCUACAUUUUAAUGCAUUCCACGAAAAUAGACUUGCAUUUCCAGUGCGUGUAAAAGAUGUUCAACAAGAAGCUGCUGGUAAAUUAGCAUUUAUGCGUGAACCACGUCAACCUAUUCGAGAUGGAGAUGGUGAUUCACAAUAUAUUUAUCAUGAAAUUAUUCCUGCUCAAAAACCACUAUGUACUUUAGAAAUUAGACUUAGUUCAGAUAAUGGUCUUGGCAGUCAACGUGGUCUUGAUCUCGCCCUGAUUGGUUUAGAAAAUCAUCCAGAAUUUUCGGAUCAACUAAAUGGAACUAGCUCAGCUGAAUUAACAACGGGUUCAUUAAGUUGUGUAUUUUCUUAUCCUAAAUGUGUUAUUAAUGAUGAACGAAUUCCUAGUCGACAAAUCAAAGAAUCAUAUAGACCAUCUGCUAAUUGGGCUCCAACUUAUACAUCGGAUGUAAUUGCUUGUAGUAAAAUUGACUUACUUCAAGUUGCUAGUGAAAUCGGCUCAGAUUGGCCUAAACUACUCGAAAUCUUAUUACCUCAAUCUCAUCUGAACACUUCAUGCACUGUCAAUCAACUAGCCAGUUGGAUUAAUGAAAGUGAACCAAAAUGGCAAAUCAAAAGAAAUCGCUUAACUAAUGAAAUGGGUAAAAUCACAGGAGAAAAUGGUGGAGGUGAUGUAGUUGGUAGUUUUGGUGGUCCAGUUAGUGUGAAUGAAUUACGUACAACACAAGAUCAAGCAUUAGCUGUAUUAUUGGCUUGGUGUGAAGAAAAUGGGAAUUCAGUUACAGGUAAUGAGUUAGAUCGUGCACUUCGUCAAAUCGGACGUGAAGAUGUUAUUAAGUCGUGUAUGCGUGAUAUUCGUUAUGUGCUUAAUGCUGAGGAACAUGCAAAGGCUGUUCGUCAAAUUGAUGAACGUAAACGAUCAGAUUCUAUACAUCAAAUGUUAUCAGAUCGUUUGUCAACUUCGUUAGUCGCAACAACAACUUUAAUGUCUGGUAUGAAAGAUUCAACCUCUGGCUCUUUAAAUGAUGUUUUUAACCAAUCUGUGAUUGGUUUCGAUCAAACGGAAGCUGUAAAACAACCAGAUUUAAUGAUCACUCCGAUACAAGAUGAAUCAGAUCUAAUUACGCAAACUCGUCUUGACUUAGUUAUUGAUAGUCCGAAAAAACCUGGCGUAAUCAUUCAUAAAAGUGGUGAUGAAGAAGCAGAGGUAGAAGCUUUGUUUAUCCCACAACAAGCUCAAAGUGAAGUAGAAAAUAAUGAGGAAUUUCGGCAACAACAGCAAACAGGCAUUGAACCUGCUUGUUCAACUAGUCAACAAGGUGGCGAUCCUAUGAUUAUACAGAAACAUGUAGAAUUAAUUGUUCAAGAAGAAGAGGAUAUGAUUCGCGACAGUGAAUCAAUGGGUAGUUCCGAAAUGAUUUCAUCUGCAUUACAAGGUUCUCAACAAGAAAUAAAUGAUACAGAUGCGAAAAUUCUGAAUACAUUAAAACUGGAAGGUGAAGUUGAAGAUGGAUUUCAGUGUCAGCAGCAGCCUGAAAAUAUUUCUGAUUAUCAUAAAGAACAACAUACUACUACCAGUUUAUCACAGAAUGAUAACGAUGAUGCUGGUUUAAAGCAAUCGACAAGUAUCAACAGUACCAAUUCUAAUGAUAUAAAUACUUUUACUAGAUCACAACCUACAAGUGAACAUCAUUGGGACCAGGAAGAUGAUUUGUCAGAUAUUGUUUUACAAAAUGAAACUGAUAAAAUAGCUGAAACUUAUGUUCAGUCAUCACAUGGAGAUCAGAGUAGUAAUGCUGCAAUUCCAACAAGUGAUCGUCCGUCAUUAACUUCAGAAAUAAUUGAUCCUUAUGUUGCUAAUGUCGAUGAGGCUGCUGACGUCUGUGUUGAUGUUUAUGAUCAAUCACAAAGUGAUAAAGCAGUCACUCGAGAGAUCAAUGAUGAAACACCGGAUAUAAGACAUGCUCAUCAUGUUGGGAAUACAUCAAACCAACUACUGAAUAAUAGUAGUAGUAGUAGUAUGCAAAACCUUGAAGCAUAUAAUGAACGCGAUGUUUUUGGUGAUGAAUUCAAUGAUCUGGAAUCUCCAGGACAACGACAAGAUAAUUCUAUCGAACAUCAACAACAGCGAUCUCCGGUUGUUGCUUCAUCAAAUGCACAUCAUGGUCUUGAAUCUACUUCACAUAAUGAAGAUAAUAACAAUGCUGUUGUUUAA